CCUGAGGAUCGGACCACUUGAAAAAAUUCCUCCUUGGAUAAAAUACAGUGUGUGACAGUGACACCAUUAAUUGCGUGGGAAUACCAUAGACGUCCUUCAGUGGGCUUCUAUUAUUGCGUACAAUUAGCGUUAGUAGACCUAAUCUGAGAUUCUAUAUAUUCUGUAUACAGGAUGGUAGGAUUCUAAUGUACUUUUACCCAUUUCUGUGUGUUUGUUUUGCUGUAGUAGGCUUGUACGGCUACCAAACCAUGACAGCAGCAGUUGCAAGAACUAGACCUAGCCGAGGCCAUGGAAUUCCACCGGGUCGCGGCCCAUUUGCCGUCGGACUUGCAGAUAUUAUGUCAGACAACUCAAAGAAUGGAACAUUCACACGACUGUACUACCCAACGGAUCCACCUGGUGAUGAAUUUGCAUCCGAAAACCAGCCACUUUGGAUACCAAACCGAAAAUACUCUGACGCCUACAGCAACUUCAUACGUGCUACUGGCAGUUUCUCAAAGAGGAUAUUUUAUUGGAUGUUUGGAUCCUACCGUGUUCCUGCUAUGUUGCAUGCAGAUGUUAACAAACCACCUGCAAACCAAACCUUCCCAGUGGUAGUAUUUUCACAUGGUCUCGGUGCCAUGCGGACCACAUACACCACCGUUUGUCUGGACAUUGCUUCAAAUGGUUUUAUUGUAGCAGCUGUAGAGCAUAGGGACCAGUCUGCUUGCACUAGUUACUAUCUUAAUGACGUCAGCUUAACCGAUGCCGAGCCUGAGUAUCAGAAAGAGUAUGUUGAUUAUCUCAGAGUGAAAGACAAGACAGAUGAAGAUUUUAAAAUUAGAAAUAGACAGGUAAAUCAGAGAGCUGAUGAAUGUGUUAGAGCAUUGGAUUUAUUGGAGAAAAUUAAUGAAGGAGAACAAAUCACAAAUUUUCUGGGGAAGGAAUUUGAUUUAUCCCAAUUUAAGGGUUUGCUUGAUCUUGAGAAAGUGUCAAUGACUGGACACUCAUUUGGUGGGGCGACUACAAUUCAGACUCUAGAAAAAGAACCACGCUUUAAAGUUGGUGUAGCUCUAGAUGCAUGGAUGUACCCUCUAGAGAAACCAAUGCUCAAAACUGUAAAACAACCUCUUCUACUAAUAAAUACGGAGAAAUUUCAUUGGCCAGGGAACAUUGCAAAAAUGUCCCAUCUUGUUAAUCCAGCCAAUCAGACAGAAGAUAGGAAAAUGAUAACAAUUCGUGGAACCGUCCAUCAAAGUCAGGGUGACUUCCCGUUCCUGACAAAUUCUUUCAUUGGUAAAUAUGCCAAGCUGCAAGCUGAAACCAAUCCUUAUGUUGCAAUGAACUACAAUAAUGAUGCCCUAAUUGCAUUUCUUUCAAGACAAUUGGGUAUCGAGUAUGACGCAGAACUAGACAAGAUUUUCGUUGACGGAGCUGUUAAUGAAAUCAUCCAAGGUUCUAACAUACAUCUUGAUCCUGAACGCUUAGCAAAGUCAUCUCUAUAACUGAUAUCAGUGCUGUACUUAAUUCUGAAGUAAUAGUAGAGAAAUUUUGUAUAAUAAUUACUGUACCGUAAUUUUUGUAAAGAUUUUAAAAUUCAUUUUACAUUGAAAUACAUUGUAAUGUCCUCUUAUAUAUAUGUAUAAUAACAGAAAUAAUUACAAGAUAACAAUAUUAGGUAAAAACUAUCCCUUGCCAAACACCAUCCUGGUAUUAUGUGAAUUAAGUGUUUGUCUUGAAAUUUGAUGCUUUUAUUGUAAUGGCUUAGAACAUAUAUAUAUAGAAAAUAUAUAUAUUCCCAAUGUUUAAACUAAUAUGCAAGGUAAGAACUAUCCUCCACCUCACACCAUCCUGGUAUUUCUGAGUCUGAGUUUCGGGGCCGGAGUGAAUUGAAUAUUAGGCUUAACAGUACUUAACUAAAAACUCAAAUUUUAUGGUAAAAGAACACUAUCCCCCGCCGGACACCAUCCCGGUAUUUCUGACUCAGGGAUUCGGUGCUGGAGUGAAUUGAAUAAUAAGGUAUUAGGCUUAAAUACUUAACUAAAAAACUAAAAUUCAAUUGUAGAAAACUAUCCCCCACUGGGGCCCUGACCUGGUAUUUCAUGGUUUGCUGUCCAGCAUAAAGGUUCACCUCUCAUUGUGACAUUGUGCCUAUUUUCACUUUCUCCGUAUUAAUUGUUCCAACUCUUAGCAUGUUUUUGUGAAGAUGAUGGUAUUAAAUUUUAGUAAGAACAUGUCAGAA